GGGCCGUCGGAGCUGGUCCUGAGGUCCGAGGCAAGGCUGAAGUCGGAGCGGCUUUGUGUGUGGGCACGCACCUCCAGGCAGGCGGCUUGCGGCGGCAGGCAGGGAGGUGCCGGACAUGGCCUCCAACUUCAACGACAUCGUGAAGCAGGGAUACGUGAGGAUCCGGAGCAGGAAGCUGGGGAUCUUCAGGAGAUGCUGGCUGGUAUUUAAGAAGGCGUCAAGUAAAGGGCCGAGGCGACUGGAGAAAUUUCCGGAUGAAAAGGCAGCUUACUUCCGGAGUUUCCAUAAGAUAACGGAGCUGCACAGCAUCAAGAACAUCAUCCGACUUCCCCGGGAGACAAAGAAACACGCCGUGGCGAUCAUCUUCAAUGACGGCACGGUCAAGACGUUCGCCUGCGAGUCCGAGCUGGAGGCUGAGGAGUGGUUGAAACUUCUCUGCGUCGAGUGCCUGAGCUCCCGGCUCAAUGACAUCAGCCUGGGCGAGCCGGACCUGCUGGCAGCCGGCGUGCAGAGGGAGCAGAGCGAGAGGUUCAACGUGUACCUGAUGCCAACCCCGAACCUUGACAUCUACGGGGAAUGCACUAUGCAGAUCACGCACGAGAACAUCUACCUCUGGGAUAUUCACAACGCCCGGCUCAAGCUGGUCGUGUGGCCACUGAACUCCCUGCGAAGAUACGGACGGGACUCCACCUGGUUCACGUUUGAGUCUGGGAGGAUGUGUGACACCGGAGAGGGUCUCUUCACAUUUCAGACCAGAGAGGGGGAGAUGAUCUAUCAGAGGGUACAUUCUGCCACGCUGUCCAUCGCCGAGCAGCAUGAGAGGAUGAUGAUGGACAUGGAGAAGAGCUCACAGGCGUACUCGAACGAGACGACAUUAUCGAAGUCGAUAUCUCUGCCGCGGAGUGCAUACUGGCACCACAUCACCCGGCAAAUCAGCGUUGGCGACAUUUACCAUUUCCAAGGAACAAACUUGACUAUGGCGUUCAUACCUCGAGCACAAACUUACCCCAGUUUCCUGUCAGAGGAAAAUACAGAAGAGCAGCAAGACCUAACGGAAUAUAAAGAAGCACGGUCUCCCUCUAGUGGCUAUUCAUCAAACUGUAACCCGGGACCUGUGCAGUGAUGGGGCAUGACAUUGGACAUUGUUAUAACGGAGUAAAGUGAUGGCUUCUGAUCUGUGGGACGGAAAACUAAUUUCAUAGAUUGUAUCCAACUUUUUUUUUCUUUAUUUCUUUUUUGGAUAAGUAUCUAAGAAAAUUAACUCGUCCUGGAUUUUUUCCAUGUGGAAUUAAAGGACAUUCAUAAUGAAAACUGCAAAUUCGUGUAUUUUCCUUAGAUAUGAAAAAUAUACUGAACCAUGGUUGAUGAUUUGACCAACUUAAUUAUAAUUGCAAAGCAAUGCUGAAAUGACUUAUUUAUAAUUUUGUCUAAGUUAAUACUUUUCAAUAAUGCUUAUUUAUUUCACGAAAAGAAACGUGUACAAAUUCGCAAGCAUUUGCUUGAUGCCAGAACCCCCGAUUUGAUGAAUGCUGGAAGUUGUCCGGUCCGAACGAGCGAUGAAGAACGUUGCGGCCAUCGGGCUUCGGAGGAUGUGCCGUGAAACGUCCGGUCAGAGACUGGCUGACGGCUCAUUAACGACCCAGGAGGUGAGCGAGCCCUACGGCUAUUUAGGGCUACUCGAUCGGUGUGUAUUUUAGCUUUAUUAGCUUAGCAUUAUUGUUUUUAUUGCGGUUUAUAUACCUUUAUCUGUCGCCUGAUGUCGGUAUGUGUACCGCCCUGUGUUUCCCGUGACUUGGACCUGCUAAGCGGUUUAAAUGACCGAGAGGAAAUACCAAUGGGGGGUGCAUUUGAAAAUACGACGUGCCGCCCCCCAGUUCACUCCUGAUACGAGAACAAUUCAUCAUUCUUAAUAAAUAUGUAGCAUGACACGACAAAGUGCCUUUUCAUUUACACUUGGUAACCUAAUAACGAGACUUAUUUAUGGAACGUCAUCGGGGUCAAAAUCCUCUGAAUCAACACGUCAAAUUUGUGCAUCUGAAAACGUGUAUUUUCGACGUCUUUGGACGUUCAAAUUAGAGUGCUAUCACUUCAUCAGUUUUAGAGGGGAAACUGUACAUGCAAUCAUUACAAGAAAUAAAACGAUUCCCCACCCGUAUGCAAAACAAAUAGUGGAAACCGCUUAUAGUGGUCACAGUUACACUGAUCAGCCACUUAUACAGAUCAGAAAGCUUGGGACCGAAUCAUUCCUGUACAAAUACUAUUAAAAUAAUUGGCUUAUAAUAUUCAAGUAAUUCAAGUAGUGUCAAAAAUGAGUCACCGACAUGCAGUGGCGAAACUACAAUAAGCUCUAUUUUAUGUACAGUACAGUACAUACUGUAUUAUAGUGUAUUUUAAUUAUACAUCCAUCCAUCCAUUUUCCAAACCGCUUAUCCUACUGGGUUGCGGGGGUUCCGGAGCCUAUCCUGGAAGCAAUGGGCACGAGGCAGGGAACAACCCAGGAUGGCGGGCCAGCCCAUCGCAGGGUACACUCACACACCAUUCACUCACACAUGCAUUCCUACGGGCAAUUUAGCAAGUCCAAUUAGCCUCAGCAUGUUUUUGGACUGUGGGGGGAAACCGGAGUACCCAGAGAAAACCCCAGGACGACAUGGGGAGAACAUGCAAACUCCACACACGUGACCCAGGCGGAGACUCGAACCCGGGUCCCAGAGGUGUGAGGCAACAGUGCUAACCGCUGCACCACCAUGCCACCCCUUAAUUAUACACAGUUAAGUAAUUUAAUUUGUGCAGUACUGUCAUUUGAGAAGCGUUUGAACCAACUAAACUGUAUUUCGAAAGUCAGCAAUGUUUCUCUAAAAAAAAACAAUGCAUGGAAGCUUUAAUGGUCCAAACAUCUUAAAAACAUGCCAGAUUUGCACGUCUUAAGACGCCAAAAACGAGCAUGCGAGCGUGUUGAUUCAGACGGCUUUGACCCCAAUGGCGAUCCCUACUUAUUAACGUUUAAGGAGACAGUAUCAUGUUGACAUUGUGGCACGAAAGCCCUUUAUGACACUGCGUUUGUAUUUUUUGUCCAAGAUGUUUUCUGUUAGCAGUUAAACGUGAGAAAAUGUCUUAGGAAAUACAGUUUGUAGGGGAGAGAGAAAGUCGUCCCUCUUCGGUUUGGUCGCUAAAUAAAUUUUCAGUGUACGUAAUUCCUAGUUGUCUUUUUAUUCCAGCACAUUAUAUGUGAGUGAAUUUAACCUGGACAUAGGUUUGAUUAACAAAGGACGAGCCCUUCUAAGAAAGGUUUUUAAUACUCCGUCAGUAUGAAAAGAGAUGAGAAGCAGCCAAACGAAUGGCGAUUUAAAUGUGAAUUUGAAAGAGAAACCCGCAUUUACCAUACUAAUUUUCAAAAUAUUCUAUUUUUUCAGUUAAGCAAUUAUGUACCAAAAGUCCCAUCUUUGUAUAGUUGCUCAAAUAUUUACAGAGAUGCAUCACUGCAUUAGAAUAUAAUAUUAGGAUUUAGGGACACGGGAUUUAUUUGUGUUCAUAAUGUUCACGUCAUACAGUAUCAUGGCAGAGAUUGUGUGUCUGUCUUUUCACAGCUGAUCUGUUUUGUGGCAGUUACUUUUUUUCUUUCCUGUUGUACUGUAAGUUUUGCUGAAAAAAAAAUCCAUCCUGGUACACCAUCAGGCAGUCCAGCUCUUUAUUUCUCCUGUGUCAUUUUUUUUGAUGGAAAGAAUAAAACGAACAAUUUA